CUGGCGACUGGUGAGCACAGCCUCGCCCCUCAGUCUGGCUUGUGCCGCCGUGCAAAGUACACGCAUUGUAAACCGCUCUCUACCACGUACCACUUUGGAUAACAAUUGCUGUGUUGUGUUUUAAAGCCAAAUCCUGCCAUGCUAAUGAAGAACAUCACGAUCUCAAAUGACGGGGAUGCGCCCCCUGAGGGUAAUAGUGACAAUCUGAUCCCCAGUGACUGUCCGGAUGAUUUUAGCAACUUCUUCCGGAGCCAAUCGCCAUCGACAGCCAACGACGGCUUCCAUCACCACGCCGAUAAUUCACGCCUUAACAAUUUAGAAGGGCGUACCGCCGCACUGCUCCACAGGUGCCCUUUCAAGAACUGCUGUCACUCCGUCGCCACCCAAACGUCCAUCCAUUCCACCCUCCCGCCCGCCGCUCCCGAGAUGACCGCUCACUACACUCCGACGCGGUCCAUCACUACCACCGCCGCCGACACCUGCCAUCGCCUCCGCUCGCCGCUGGUGUCGCGGCCGCGUGAGUCCGCUUUGUCGAAGGAGGACAUCAGGAUCGUGGCGUCCCGUCUGCUGGCGCAAGGCUUCCCCGCCGAGGCGCUCGGGACGGCGGCUCAACAGCAGUUUUCCCAGUGCCAGGCGGACAUUAGGAAAGCUGCUGUUGAAUGCAUGUUAGCUCAACUAAACCUCGACGCGAAGACGAACUCCAGUACUGUCAAUGAAAUUCAAAAACGCCUUAGGAGGUUAGAGCAUCAGGUCUUCUGCGAAGCUAAGUCAGGGCUGGAAUACUUCAUUCUCAUCGCCACCAAGUUGGCAGACGUCUUCUACGAGCUGCAGAAGGCUCGUAGUACUCGAUCUGCCCCUGUCCAGUCUGCACCGUUUCUGUCAAGAAGUGGCGCCUGUCCUACGCGCCCUCCUCUCGCCCAGCCGCUCUUGCCCGCCACCCCUCCCAGCACGCCCUUGUCCUUGCCAGAGAUCUACAUACAGCGAAAAUUGUGCACCGACGCGUGCUCGCAAGUGCUGCUGCGACACAAAGACACCAUUUCGCCGACGCUCAGCUAGCUUACCAAGGAUCGGAAGGUCGGACCGACCAGCGGAAUCCUAGCGAUCAAUCCGGCUACUCAGGGACCUGGAGUGGCCCAUUGUGGUCAGUCAGGACCAGGCAACUCCAGACUUAAUACUCAGGAAUCGAGUGAUAGACUUUCGCCCCGGCCUCGCCCAGCCUCCUUCGGAUAGCCUCCACCACGGAGCUCGAAGGAAACGCCGACAGGCAUCCCCCGCCCGAGAGUACCCACGCACAACCUGACCAGAAGAACUGUCCGUGCGGCUGCCACGCCUCUUCUCGAGAUCGACGACAGCAUCUUCAUCCUAGACGACACUGAGCAAGCGCUGUGCGAGGAAAAUGAGGAGCGAAGGGGUGAGGAAGGAGGAAGGGCAGGGCGACACGCAGACGCCGAGGAGUGACGCAGUAACCUUGGGUGGCAGUGCACGGGGGCCACGGCUGAUACGAGUCGCCCGUGAUAAUGAUUCGUGCUCUAGUGAUAGCAGGUGUCCCGAAAAAGGGAUUCGAACCUACUGCCAUCCUCUUGACUGUUGUGCUGGAGAUUCAAGUCAUUACUGGCGCUGACUAAGAAUCAUCGUUCAAUCAGCUUGUGCAUGAGAAUGCAUACUGUAUUCUAAGUCUACCUCUGUCUCGGAAUAUCUUAUAUAUAUAUUCACCUCUCAACUUAUUUUUGUAUAGAAUAGUACACAGACUGUGAUAGAUUUUUUAAACAUAUCUAUUAAACAAUAUAUAACAUGUGUAUAUCUGUAAAUAUAUAUACAUAUAUAUAUACAUAUAUACAUAAUACAUAUGUGUAAUAUAUGUACAUAUGCAUGUAAUAUAUUUUUAUUUAUACAUAAGCACACUAUCGCUACACGGUUUGGCCCAACGGAAAAAAAUAUUAUUUCCGCGACCUUUGAACCUAAGAGUGAAGUUGAACUUUGUAAAAAUGUUAAGAUAACGAUAAUAACGACUACCAUAAUUAUAAUAAAAACAUAUUUUCGAAAA